AACGUCCCUCAAGUUUGUCUUCUUGUUCUCCCCCAGAUAGCACUUUUUGUAUGCUUCUUUUUUGGCUUAUAUAUUUUGGGUUUGGCUUUGUCUUAAAACUUUCAGAUAAAAUAUUUAUUUCCUUUUAAUGUUCUUCUAUAAAAGAAGACAACGCAAUUUAACACUUACAAAAUCAAAAGAAACAAACAAACAAAAAAGUUUUGAGGUUACAAUAAGCAAUGGAGAAAACGUCUCUCAAGUUGGUCUUCCUCUUCACCAUCUCAGUCAUAGCAUUUUGUUCUUCUUUGGUUGAUGCAAGAGAGAUGGCCAAGGAAGAAGUGAAUUGCCUCUGUGGAAAAUGUCGUGAUGGAAAGAAGAGCUGUGAAGCACCUAUAAUGGACAGUUACGAGACUGAUGUGUCUUGCCGUAGAGACAACGAAUGCAUCAAGUACUGUCCUAAAGGCUUCAAGAUUGUAAACUGCAGCUUUGGAACCUGUUUCUGUGAGCGUUAAGAGACUGGAAACCACCAUAGUAUAUUAGUAUAUUAUCUAAUUUUAAGACAGCUAAGAAGAAGAGAUUGAUGUUUAUUGGUGUUGAAGUGAUUUAGUGUUCCUCAAAUACUGUUUUGAAGCCUCCUUUGGGGAGGUAAACUAUAUAGUAAGAUCUUACA